AUGGGAAAAAAAUACAGUCAGAGGGUUAUCUAUGAACUUAAGCCUAGAUGGUGUUCAAACGGCAAUAUUAUUGGGCAUGAUACUGACAAUUGUAGAAGGCAAAAGUUCAAGAAAAUAUGGGUUCCAAUUAAUAGAAAGGAAGAUUAUGAAACUCAAGUAAAUUGUACUCUGUCAGCUAAUACUGAGUCUGUGCAUGUUUCUGGUGGUCAGACUAAUGCUAGUCUGGCUGAAUCAUCUGCUCAACAAAUGAAAGAUCAAUCAAACAGUAAACAUGCACAAAAGGUAUCAGAGGCAAAUAUGAGAAUUGAUACUGGGAAAAAUGCUCAUGUUUUACCUGAUAAAGGACAAACUUUAUCUUCUGCACCUGGGAACAAUACUCAUGUAUCACCUGAUAAAGGGCAAACUGAAUCUGGGAAACAUGCACAGCACAUGAGGUAUGAUAUUCAGAGCAUUAGACUUGGAAAUUCUGGUUUGGCAACUUUUCAUCAAAUUUCUUCUCCAACAGUCAAUGCUUCUGGGUUUUCAAGUGUUAAUAGGACAAAUAUUGCAAGAAGAGUUUUAGCUAGAGCUCUAGGGAAUCAAAUUCAGUGUGUCAAAACUUCAAUGCAAUAUGUUAUAUGCUCAGUCAACACAAAGGAUGGCAGGUUUUCUUGCUUAAUGACUGUGGUUUAUGCUCUGAAUCAAAGAGAUGGAAGAAAAGUAUUAUGGCAGGAUCUUCAAGUCUUCAAGCUAUCAGUUGAUUGCCCCUGGCUAGUUGGGGGAGAUUUUAAUGCCAUUACUAAUGGUGAUGAAAAGUUGGGAGGUGCACCAAUUACAGGAGCUGACACUAAAGAUUUUCAGCACUUCAUUUCUUCUAAUCAACUGGUGCAUAUUAAGACUACUGGGUGCUUCUACACAUGGAAUAGCAAGCAGGAAGCUGUUACUAGAGUUUGGAGCAGAUUAGACAGAGUUUUGGGGAAAAAGCCAUUCAAGUUUUUCAAGAUGUGGACUAAACAUACUGAAUAUCUCUCUAUAGUCAGAUCUAUUUGGCAGCAGGAUAUGCAAGGUUAUUAUAUGUACAAACUAUCUUUGAAGCUGAAAAUGCUCAAACCUGCCCUCAAAGAAUUAAAUAGAAGACAUUUCAUGAAUAUUAGUGAACAGGUGUUAAGAGCCAAACAUGAGCUAUCUGAUAUUCAAAAUAGGAUGAGUACUGAUCUAUUCAACUCUCAUCUUAUUUCCAAAGAGAAAGAAUGCUUGAAAAAAUACACCUCUUUGCUCCAAUGUGAAGAAUCGUUUUAUAGGCAGAAAGCAAGCAUAAAAUGGGCUAUUCAAGGAGACAAAUCCUCUCAUUUCUUCCAUUCAGCCAUGAAAGCUAGAAGGCAUCAAAAUAGGGUGUUGUCUCUGUAUACUGAGGAUGGAAAUAGAAUAUCUGACAUGGACACAAUCAUCAAUGAGCUUAUUAACUACUACAAGAGUUUAUUGGGAGUUUCUGGAAAUGUUUCUGAGCCUGAUAUUACUACUAUAACCAAUGGUCCUAUUCUCUCAUCAAGUCAAAGAGAAUUCUUAGCCUCUCCUGUCACUAGGGAGGAAAUAAAACUUGCUGUUUUCACUAUGUCUGAUGAUAGAAGCCCUGGUCCUGAUGGAUUUAGUGCAUCAUUCUUUAAAACUGCUUGGAAUGUAAUUGGAUAUGAGAUGUGUAAAGCAGUGGAAGAAUUCUUUUAUACUGGCAAACUCCUUGGCACCUUCAACUCAACCUCCAUCACAUUGGUGCCUAAAAUUCUUAAUCCAAGAUCUCCCUCUGAUUAUAGACCUAUCUCUUGUUGCAACUGUGUUUACAAAGUAAUAUCUAAAAUUAUUGCCGCCAGAAUCCAGAAUGUUAUUGGUUAUCUGAUUGAUGAUGCUCAGAGUGCAUUUGUCAAGGGCAGGCUGAUUUCUAACAAUAUUCUCCUAGCACAUGAACUCUUAAAACACUAUGGAAGGAAGAAUGUCUCUCCAAGAGCUGUCCUUAACAUUGAUUUGAGGAAGGCAUUUGACACUAUAAAUUGGAGUUUUAUCAAGGCUAUGCUGACAGGUCUGGGAUUCCCUGAUAAUAUGGUUACAUGGGUGAUUGAAUGCAUCUCUACCUCCAAGUUCUCUUUGUCACUUAAUGGCUCAUUACAUGGCUACUUUGAGGGGGCUAGAGGAUUGAGGCAAGGAGAUCCAUUGUCUCCCUAUUUGUUUGUGCUUGGUAUGGAAGCGGACAAGGUUUCUAUAGCCAAAAUAAAUAACUGCCUUCAGGAGUUUAGUAAAGUAUCUGGAUUGGAGGCCAACUCUUAUAAAAGCUCUGUCCUCUUGAGUGGGAUUCAGGAGUUUAGUAAAGUAUCUGGAUUGGAGGCCAACUCUUAUAAAAGCUCUGUCCUCUUGAGUGGGAUUGAAGACAUUUCUAAAGUUCAAAUAUGCUCAUAUUUAAAUUUUCCAGAGGGUUCUUUACCUAUGAGAUACUUAGGAAUGUCAUUGGUCUCUAAAAGGCUCUCUUACCUGGACUGUUCAUCAUUGAUCUCAAAAAUUUCGGAUAAACUUCAAGUCUGGCAAAGUAGGAAGAACUUAUCUUAUGCAGGGAGGAUUCAACUUAUAAAAACUGUUAUCUUGGGUAUUCAAACAUACUGGACAAGUAACUAUAUCUUGCCGAUCAGGGUAUUGGAAAAAAUUGACAUGCUUUGCUCUGCUUUCUUAUGGGGAAGCAAAAUCCAUCAAGUCUCCUGGAUAGAGGUUUGCAAGGAUAAGAAGAUAGGAGGUCUGGGGUUAUUCUCCACCAAAUUGUGGAACUAUGCUGCAGCAAUCAAGAUGUUAUGGAUGAUACACUCUAAAAAAGAUCUCUUGUGGAUAAAAUGGGUGCAUGGAAAUUACUUAAAACAACAGGAGAUUUGGCAAGUUCAACCGAGAAAAAGUGAUUCAUGGAUGUGGAGACAAAUCCUAAGGGUGAGGGAUUUGGUAUUGAGGAGGUUUGGGAAUGUGUAUAACCUGCAUAGAAUCAUUGCUAACUGUCACAAUAAUGGGACAAUGAAAAUUUCAUCUGUUUAUAAUGCCAUCUCCCAAUCUUCAGCAACUGUCUGUCACAAUAAUGGGACAAUGAAAAUUUCAUCUGUUUAUAAUGCCAUCUCCCAAUCUUCAGCAACUGUCCCCUGGGCAAAAACAGUUUGGGGAGGUUUGCAUUACCCCAAGCAUUCGAUGAUUCUAUGGCUUGCUACUCUAUCGAAGCUUCUGACUAAGGAUAGGUUGUGUCGCAUGGGUAUAUUGGAAAACAACCAGUGUGUGCUCUGUGCUGAUUCUGUAUUGCGAUGGUAUAACAACAAUUUGAGGGGGCUUGGAUUCAGAAAGAAACUGAAAAGAAUGAUGUUAUCUGGAGCUGUGUAUUGGAUAUGGAAGGAGAGAAAUCAGAGAAUUUUUCAACAAAAAGCCCAUAGCCCUGAUCAACUUAUCAAGGAAAUAAAGAUUUCAUUACUCUCAAAAGUUCUUAAUGAAGAUGUUCCUGAGUACUUGAAGGAAGAAAUAGCAAAAUUGUAA